AUGCCACCGGCCAUUUCUAACGUGGCAGCUGCUCCGUCGCUCUCCUUUGCUGCAGCUGCCUUAUCAAGAGCAACUACCUUGCCUCCUCCUUCUUCUUUCAUUCCCGAUUCCUCGCUCUCUUCGCUUUUGUUUACUUCCUCUCGUUCUCAUUCUUUACCUUUUGCUGCAUCAAGUUUUUCGCCGGAGCCUACAAUAACCCACGACCAUCUUGAACCGCGCAACUUCUUCGGGCCAGAUAUUUCUUCGUGGCCUACCUCUUACGACGGGGGUGGUAACUUUUACUCGUUUUACUGCCCACCCGGUGUUACCUAUUUUGGCUGCCGAAUUACUGCGCCAGUGACGACACCCGUGGCUUCUGCCACGGCUGUAGGGCCGCCGCCACCGCCGCCGCCGCCACCGCCGCCGAGCCCGACAUCUCUAACGAUUGUAACCCCAGCUGUACCCACAACUUCAGCAACGCUCGUGGUCAGUCAGACCUUGGUGACUUCUACGGCUAAAACGGCUACUUCGCCCAUGACGAACCCGGUACCGACGUCCGCUGCUACAAUGCACGGUGGCAGCUCUACCAGUACCUUACUCACGAUGUCUUCUACCCCUAGCAGUCCUUCGGCACCUUCCACCUCCUCAGGGUCCGGCUCGGUCUCGGAUGGUGGUAGCAGUCUCAAAAAUACGUCGACAGUCGUGAUCCUGAGCAGCAUUCUCUCGGUCGUUGGCGUCAUGGUCGUGGCUGUCUUGGUAUUGAUCUGUUGUCGCCUUCGUCAAAGAAGAGGUGGUUCAUUUUUGCCUCGAGGUAUCUCUCCAAUCGAUGACGACGAAAUCGAAACCUGGAAAGGAACUCGAGGUCUACCUGAGGGUGAGGCAAGUGAGAAUGAGAAGGGGCCAUCAGGUCUACUUGGCAAGCCCACGGGUGGCCACGACGGCCCAGACUCCCCGCCGCUUCCAUCUGCUGGAGCUUUGGGCGCAGGAGCUACAGUGCAAAGACGGGAUCAGCUUCGACCGCGUACGCAUAGCUAUCCAGAGCGGGUUAUUAGUCUUGACGGCUCUGGGAUCGUUAGCGAUGCGCCGGCACCUCUGGGCGAGAGACCUGUUCGUCCUCCAAAGAAGACGCCGUCCAAUGUGAUUAUUUAUAAAGACCCACCACAGUCUUUCCCUGGUCUUCCUAACUCUGCAUCGUCAACAAAUGGCUUCCCUCCAAUUCUGGGCGUGCCAGUAGCACCGGCAGCAGCUGCUUCAGGAGCUGCUGGCAUCUGUUACUUGCAGCAGGGACAACAACGACAAUCCGUGCCCUUGUACCGAAGGUCGGAGGAGUUCUCGCCUCGCUCCGUUCGCUCCAUGUCAUUCGGUUACCCAGCGUCGCGUGGUAUGGCUGGCCGCUUUAGCUUCGACCAAGAUUGUGAUUUUCUGUUCUCGCAAACGAUAGCCUCGCCGUCUACACCACCGACAGCUCUCCAACAUGCCCGUGCACCGAAUUCCCGGGCAGGCCUCACGGAUGAUACGAUUCCCGGGGACCCUUCUUUUCUUCCAACACCGAAGCGUCAACCGUCUCGGUUGUUCAAGAUGCCUCCCGCCACGGGAAGCCCCUCAGCAACGGCGGCAGAGACAGCAGCAGCGACAGAGGCAGUUGCUGCAGGCGGCGCUGGAAUCGCAUUCCCGCCGAGGCGAAACUCGCACGGCGCUCGUGGUAGUAGCAACAUUCCAUCACCACCGGAAAACAGCAGCAGCCAUAGUGACAGUAACCGUGGUUCGUUCUGGCACGCUCGUACUCGGAGUGCGCGGAGCUGCAGUACCGUGAGCUAUGCCGGCUCGGAUGUGCCUCUAAACCAGUCCUUUCGACAUAUGCCACACCAGCGGCGCCCGUCCGUGGUGCAGUAUCAGUCCAUAUCCCAUCCGCUGGCAUUGACACCACCUCAGCAGUCGCCUACCUCCAUUCUACAACAGCAGGUACCUGUUCCACCUCUGCCCAUGUCGGCAAGGUCCAAUCCCGACAACAGCGACAGCGUGAACAUCGACCGGCGCAGCAGCCACAGCAUGUUCGAUGAGUACUUGCAGCAGGAAAAGCAGCCACGUGACGUGUCCUCGUUGUCCACGCUAGCAGCAUCGGCGUCGUCUUCGGUCCUACCGCAUAUGUUUACCAGUGGGGCGGCUGCGGCUGCGGGGGCUUCCGAUGACAGCGACGGCCCGCUCCUCGACGGUCUGUCGCCUCCGCGACUCUCCGUUUCGGACAGCCGGCACAUUGUGUAUGAACGGCGGAGCAGCAGUCUUCACCACCUGACAACCAUUGGCCGGGCUAUUGGGUAG